UCCCCCCCCCAGGCCCCCCACUGAACGUGGCACGUGACGUGGCGCACGGUUCUGCCGCUCCUCCACAGUAAGACUCAUGUCCCAGUACAGCGCCGAGGAAGUGUACUGAUGAGCGCGACACGCGGGGAGUCGCGCGGCUCGGUGCGGCGCUGCAGGAGGUCUAUGCGCGCGCGCACUAGUAGCGCAGCGCCGCUCCGAAUCAGCUGCGUUCGCUGCAGAGCCCGCGCGGACAAGCCCGCACGUGCCUGUCCCGUCCCGUCCCGUUCGCCCGCACGAGCCCUUUCAUGAAUUAAGUAUUUGGUUCCUCGAGAAGCUGUGAUUACGGCUCGGCCCGGGCGCUCGCGGGAACAGAUGUGUCACGGCGCGUUGCCGACCCGGAUCCCUCCUCCGAAGGGGGGAAGCCCCGAGAUGUGUCUCGUGCCGGACGUCCGCGCGCUGCUGCUGUGCAGCUCGUGUCUGUUGCAGCGCCGCGACCGCUGCGCGCGGUAUGGAGCCUGCGACUGCGCCACGCGAGUGUGUCGCGAGGAGUCUCGGGGGAUAUUCGGCCAGCGCCUCGAGGACACCGUGCGGUACGAGAGGAAGUUUGGCCCACGGCUCGCGCCGCUCCUGGUGGAGCAGUGCGUGGACUUCAUCAGGGAGCGCGGUCUCCACGAGGAGGGCCUCUUCCGUAUGCCGGGCCAGGCCAAUCUGGUCAAGGAUCUCCAGGAGGCCUUCGACUGUGGAGACAAACCUCUUUUCGACAGCAACACGGACGUCCACACGGUGGCCUCCCUGCUGAAGCUGUACCUGCGGGAACUUCCGGAGCCCGUGGUGCCCUUUGCCAAGUACGACGACUUCCUCACCUGCGCCCAGCUGCUGGCUAAGGAUGGAGAAGAGGGCAUCCAGGAGCUGGGGAGGCAGGUGAAGACCCUUCCCCAGGCUAACUACAACCUGCUUAAGUACAUAUGCAGAUUCCUCGACGAAGUUCAGACGCAUUCAAAUGAGAACAAAAUGAGCGUUCAGAACCUUGCCACUGUGUUUGGACCAAACAUCCUGCGGCCAAGAAUGGAGGACCCUGUAACUAUAAUGGAAGGAACAUCCCUGGUGCAGCACCUCAUGACCGUGCUGAUCAGUGAACACGAGCGGCUGUAUACUGGUGAGGACACUGAGAGCCUGGAAGCCCAGGAGGCCCAGCCAGAAAUACGGAGCCUGGGGCCCCGUAACAUGGUGUGCUGGAUUUCCGAGGAGGAUCUUCAAAGCGGCUGUGCCACAAGCAAGGGCUCUUCCAGUGGUCCAGAGGACCCCGGGGGUGGGGGAUCGUCGCUGGACGUCCAGGUCGGCACGCCAGCCACAGUCACCUUUCGACCCGAAGGUAAUCCCAGCAAGCAGGUCAAGUCCCUCCCUGCCUGGAAAUGCUCCUUCAGGAGCACUGGGGCCAAGCUGGGUGGCUCCACCGGGGACGUGUCCGGCAUGACGGGUGGGAGCUGGCUGAUAAGCGGGCUCUCGUCCCUGCGGGGCCACAGGCGCACCUCCUCGGGAGAGCCCGCCCGGGACUCGGCCUCCUCGCAGAGACUGUCCACGUACGACAACGUGACCUCCUCCAGCCUAAGUGUGCCCAGCGUGACCAGCACGCCCUGGUCCACCUCGUCCUGCGAGAUUUCGGUCCCCGACUCCGGCAGCGACCCCUCGGCAGCAAACGGCAGGAAGGGCGAUAAACCGGGACUGGGGAUGAGGCCCCGGGGUCAGCCUCUGGAGCAAGACGCCUUGGAGAUCCACAUGAGCGGUGGAGGAUGCUCCAAUGAUAGCAGCAAAGCUGCUGUGUGGUCCAGCGACACGGAGGAGAGCUCGAAAGCCCUGAGCAGGCUGGUUGAAGAGCUGCAGGAGGAGCUGAGGAAACAGAAGCUGAGCUAUGAGGCCAGGAUUAAGAAGUUGGAGGAGGCGAGCGCAGUGCUGCACACCCAGGUGGAACAGCUGGAACGGGAGGCAGAGCUGGAGCGCCGGAGACAGCGCCUCCUGGAGAUCAAGCUGCGUAAUUCGGAGCGGGCGCGGCAGGACGCAGAGACCCGCAACCAGCUGCUAGAGCGUGAGAUGGAGGGGUUCUUCUCUACCCUGGGGGACCCCGCCUGCAGUCACAGCGCACGUACGAGCCACAUCUGAGCCACGUUUCAGACUGCGUGUUCGGUGAGGUCUGUGGGGGACUACGUGUUGGGUUGUCAUAGCAACAGCAUCCUCAGCUUCAUGUUCAUUCUGGUCAUCAGGCCCAAAUUAGGCUUUUCUCUUUAAAUAUAAAGUAUAUAUUUGUUGAACAAUGUUAAAUAACUGGCCUCUGUGAUCUCACAAAGGCCAUACAAUACCAAAGUGUAACUUUGCCGAAGAAGCAUCUGGAAUCUGAUAUUAGCCCUGUUGUCUGCGUAUAAAGUAGGCAAAGAGUGGCUUCCGUUCCAGAAAUCACAAAGAAUCAAAGAGAAACAGUGUUCAUGUCACACUGUGCCUUUACGGGUUCUUGCAUGGGGAUGUGUUUUUUUUUUUUUUUUUUUCCUUUUAAAACAGAAACCUGAUUUUUCACAUUGUCAAUGUCCUAUUUAUUUGCUGUCAAGACGAGUUUUAAUGUAGCGAAAUGACUUGUUGCCAUGAAAAAUGUGCCACUCAGAGUACUUGUUUAAUUUUUUAAUGAUACGUUCUCAGAUCCAGAACCAACCCAAGAUCUUUUUGAUUCUCUCAUGAACUUUAUCAUUGGGAAUCUGGACUUUUUUUCAUUCCUGUGAUUUAAUAUGGGAUUUUUGAAAAUAUUUAUAUUUACAAUUGCGAAUAACUG